UUCACCUCACUCUCACCUUGCGACUGCGGCCAGCACACUAUCCACCUCCACGUCCACAGCCAACGCCCGAUCUCCCAUCCUAUGGAGCAGCGUCACGCGGACAAAAUGCCGGCGAGCGCGCAGCAUCACGACGAGCACCCGAAGCAGCAGUCUCCCGACGAGGAGGAGGCUUCUUCGCUGAGCCCCACGGUGGCGAGGCUGGUCCGGGAGUCCAUCGUCUCCAAGCCGGCGGACGGCGGGAAGGCGGCCGGCGGCGGCUCGUCGGACAUCCUGGCCUUCGCGCGCUCCGUCGACCGGGUGGACUCCAGCCUCGAGUAGCUUCGCUAGUUUGUGCUUAGGUGACCCACGCUCGCUUGCUUGUACCGUAGUAAUAAAACGCUCUACAGUUUAUUUCCCUUAUUGUAAGUUGCAGAACACCUCAUUCGCAUCCUUGUCUUUUCCCUCUUUUUUCAAACUGAGAAGCAAGGUUGCUAAUUAAUGAUGGGAUAUCUGCUGUGAGUUUGGUCAA